AUGGCGGCAAAGAGCAUGUUCAUCCAUGUUAACAACGGUCAGGAUGGCGAACACUACCCGGAGCCCACCAAUGGCGUCUGGUGGGUAGCAGUGUCUACCCCAGGACGCAUGGAUAACCCCGAUAUCAGACACAGAAACGACAGAGAGCUCCUCGAAUAUGUGACCGAUUGCAUCUCAGAUGGUGAUUGCUUCAUCGCCAAUGAGCCCCUGCACCACACCACUGGCGGAUGGCUCUGCAUGCCAGUCCCUAUCAGAGAAGGACAGGACAGAAAGAGCAUCUACGAAGAGGCAGAGUAUCUCGCAGAAUUCUUCUCUAUCCAGAUUGGAUCUCGCAAGAUGCGGGUUGACCGAGAGGCCCUCUGGCAUAGUCAUCCUGGGUUUGAUAUGGAAGACUCGAUGAUUAUCCCUACACAGGUAGUUCUCCCAAGCGAGGACGCGACUAAGGUACGUAAAUACCCGAUCUGCUUUGGUGAUGUACCUCCCCCGGCUCCUGCUACUGACAUUGCUGACCUUACUAACCUUUUACUCACUAUGAAGGUAAGUGACAGAGACACAAAAGUGGCAAAACUUCUUUCUUAUAGUGGAUUCUUGGUUUCUGAAUACGGUAAGCCCCAUCACAAAGAGAACAAAGAGAUAAUGGAGGCUUCGAUUUGGGUUGAGGAGAUGGCUGAAAGACUUCAAGGUCCUCACUCAGAUGACAAGGAAUACGAAGCGUGUCGUACGGAAUUUUGGUCGCGGUGGUCGAAACUAUGGGACCUUCUUCGUGCCGAUGGAGGCGUAGCUUACCCGGAGGUACAAGAGAUCCAUCCAAAGGCUGGCGAAGUAUUGCAAGACUUGACUGACCUUUUUAACAGUAUGCAGGUAGCCGACAGACACCGCCAACCCGCUGAAACCCUUGCUCCUAUCGCAGCCCGCUUCAACGAGGCUGAGCGCAUCCCGCAAUGUAUUGAUAGAUGGGAGGCAAUGACUAAAGCUGUUUAUGAUGGCGAUUUAGAUGACAACGACAUCGAUACGCUCCUGAAUGAGUGUGGAAUUCAGUAUGCGGAAUUAGAUGAUCUCAAUGGUGAUUGCCAGGAUAGGGCCGCUGAACUGAAGGAUGUAGAGAUGGAGGGUCGCUAG